UGUUUUGUGUGAUACAAGUGUUCAAAAAAACCUCCAGUUCCCCUUACAAACAGUAUUAGAGUAAUAAUAUAUGUAAGGAAAUGGAAAGUCCRUCAGCACUGAGGUUGAUAGCCGAUGAUAGCCUACAAAAUGAUAAUACAGUGGACACUAAUGAUGCUGCCGCUGACCGCAAGCGCCGUCGGAUGCAAAUUAAAAGUUUCAAAGAUUUGUUUGACGCCAAUACACCGACCGAGGAUUUAAUAGCUCAGCUAACUGUGCGCACUGUACUCCAUAAGGUACGGUCAGUGGACAAGUUUUAUGCCCGACGAUAUCAUAUAGAUUUGAAUAAUAUGAGACUGUUUUACGAGCCAUCAAUUAAGGCCUACUUGUGCCGGGAAGUGCCGUACAUCGAUUUGUGCGAUCUGUCCGAAGURCGUAARGGUUGGCUAUCGGAUCGUUUCAAUAUAAUUGAGUCCCGUUUUCGGCGCAAACUGCACGCCUCAAUYGGGCCGAAAGAUUUGCCCGAAUUGACAGCUGAUAACUGCUUUUCGCUGGUCUUCGACAGCGGUGCCGAAACCGAAGACCUGGUGGCGCCAAACACCGAAGUCAGGGACUUGUGGGUCAAAGGUCUUAGCUAUUUGAUUGCUACCUACAAGAACCAGACCCGUGAAAAUGAGGACGAAGUUUGGYUACGGCAACAGUUCCGAGAGGCCGAUCGCAACUCUAAUGGAAACUUGAGUUUCGAUGAAGUCUACGAUCUGGUGAAUCAUAUGAAUAUAUCGAUGAAUAGGAAACACGCAAAAGCCUUAUUUAAUAUGACACAUAAGAAAAAACUAAAUUUACGCGAAAUGAAAGGCGACGACAAUCUAAAUAUGGAUGAAUUUUUCAAAUUUUAUGAACUAAUCAAUGAGAGACCAGAAUUGGACACAAUAUUUAAAAAAUAUUCAGUAAAUAAUACCUGUAUUAUGGGUCCCGAAGAGUUACAGUAUUUUUUGAAAACCGAGCAAAAGAUGACCAACGCUACCAUCGAAGACUGUGAGGCUUAUAUCAAACGAUAUGAACCGCAAGCAACUGAAAACCCGGGCUAUAUGUCCAUCAAAGGUUUCAAAAACUUGUUUAAUUCAAUUGAUUUCGAUAUAUUCAAUAGAAGUCAUCGUAUCGUAUGUAUGGAUAUGUCUCAACCAUUGUCUCAUUAUUAUAUCGCCACAUCUCAUAACACUUAUUUAAUGAUGGGACAGUUGACUGGCGCCAGCAGUAUUGAAGCCUAUAGGCUGGCACUGGAAAGAGGCUGUCGAUGCGUUGAAYUGGAUGUCUGGGACGGCGAUGAUGGCGAACCUAUCAUCUAUCACGGCUAUACAUUGACCACCAAAAUACUUUUACGGGAUGUACUGAAAACAAUACACAGAUAUGCGUUCAAAAAGUCACAGUUUCCAUUGAUAUUAUCAAUGGAAAAUCAUUGCAGUGUUGAACAACAGGUGGUUAUGGCUAAGCUGUUUGAAGAUAUAUUAGGAGAUUAUUUGUGUACAAAACGACUGGACGAUUAUGAUAAACAUUGGCCAUCACCUGAACAGUUGGUCCGUAAGAUUAUAGUUAAGGGCAAAAAAUUGCCCACAGCUAACAAAACAAAGAAGUUGUCACUCAAAACCAAAUUAAUCAAUGAUACUAUUGCUGAAAGACAAACGGAAAGUGAAGAUAACGGCGAUGAGGARGAGGAGGAGGAGACACAAGUUAUUGAUGAAAUACUGGAGUCGGCGUCUUCUGAUAAUGAGGACAGUGAUGAUGACGAUGAUGGUGCUGAUGAGGAAGUGGUUAAAAAUGGAAAUGAYAACGAAUCUGAUGAUAGYGACAACGAUCCCGUCGAUGAAGUCGACGAUGAGUUGACAAAAAAACGUGUCAACAACGGUAUGAUCAGAAAUAAUACGUACGCCGGCAAAGAAAACAAGAAUAACGAUCAAUCGCUGGCCACCAAAUCGGGACACAAAGCGCUGGCUAUGUCCUACUCGACACCGGCGCCACAAAUGCCUGAUUAUAUGGCCAUUUCUAAAAAAAUUAAAUUAGCCAAAGAAUUCUCAGAUUUGGUUGUCUAUUGUGUGGCAAAAAAGUUUACGGAAUUUACCAAAUGUUUCAAAAAUUGGAAAUUCUGGGAAAUGGUAUCAUUUGUUGAGACAAAGUCAUUGGGUUUUACAAAAAUUAAGAAACUAAGCGAAGAUUACGUGCGGUUUAAUAAAAAUCAUUUGAGUCGUAUAUACCCGAAAGGUAUCCGAACCGACUCAAGCAACUAUGACCCGAUUGUACACUGGAAUAUGGGMGCACAGUUGGUUGCACUCAACUACCAGACCUGCGACCGGUCGAUGCUGUUUAACGACGCAUUGUUCGCAAUGAACGGCCGGUGCGGUUAUGUACUGAAAUCGGAAUACUUGCGCCGGGGUCACCAAUACGGUAAUACUAGUGUACGCAGUUCGGUACGGAACGGACCAAAUGGUAAACUGAAAAAAGUAGUCAUACAGAUAAUCAGUGGACAGCACAUACCGAAACCGGGUAAGGGAUUCGAGGGCGAGAUUAUMGAUCCAUAUGUUAAGCUCAGAGUCUAUGGACAUUCGGCCGAUAAGUUUGUCUACAAAACACAACCGGUUAARAAUAAUGGCUUUAAUCCGAUUUGGGACGAAAGUUGUAAUUUUUUGCUACGYUUACCGGAGAUGGCGUUCAUACACUUCCAGGUGAUCGACGAGUCCAAGACCGGCAAGAAUGCACUACUCGGCCAAUAUAUGCUUACYUUUGCCGCYAUUAUGGAAGGCUAUCGUGUAAUACGUUUGGUCGAUGAGCACAACCAGCCGAUAAUAUCGGCCACUCUGUUCGUUAAGAUUGCCUACGAAGACGUUGCCGACUAUUGGAGUCCCGAAUAA